AUGGCAACUAUUCUCCCUAAUCUUCAAGGCAGGCACAUUUCGAUGUGGGGCAUGCCACUGGCCUCGUCGACGACGGCGCCGGCAGGUGGGCGGCAGGCCAAGAAAAAGAAGCGACCGACCGAGCUCCCUGCGUCCGAAGUCGAGCGAAAAGCAGCGCUAUACAACGUAGGGUGCCCCAAGAGCUUUCCCAGCACGCGGAAAUGCAAGCCUCGCCACCGACUGGCCCUCCACCAACUCGUCCAAGAAGACGCCAAUGGUGCUGAUGCCAGCGACAUGCCCCAGCCGCCCUUUCAGGGACGGCCACCCGCGGGUCAUGUCGGGUUUGUCCAGGACCUUCAAACGACGGUGCCGGACCGCCACCGAGUGCCAACUCGAGGCGACUGGAAACUGGGGCGGAAUAACUCAGCGUCAAGCUUCAAGCUGAGCGCAAGUGGAAUCGACGGUCUCCUCGAGCCGAGCGACGCAGCCCGGGAAGUGGUCGCGGCAACGUGUCCGACCGCAGAGUUUCGCAACCUGCUCUUAGCCUACCCCCCCGCCGACGUGAACCACGUCGCCAAGGCACUAGCCAGCCCUGCUCAGGACUGGGUCAAGCCGCGCGUGAGCCGUCCGUGCGACUCGUACCACAACAGCGACUGUCCGGGGGGAUGGCCCAAAGGUUCAACCGACAACAAUCACGCGGCAGACGCCCCCGACCCCGAGACGCCGUGGGUCCCCCCAAACUCGCCACAUCGUACCGAUCCGGCCAAAUCAAAGCAUGCCCGCUCGUCAUUGAACCCGACGGCUCUUCGGGACGCCCAGGGAAGCGCGCGCCCGCCGUACGUCCUGCCCACCCGCACCGUCGACACCUUGCUCCGUCGAGCGCAAAGCGCUGAACGCGGCCACAACGCCGUCCGUGCCCGCAUCCACUGGCACAAGAAUCCCGCGCACAUGUACUCGCUUCCCGUCGCCUCGCCGUCGAGAAGUUGCCGACUCGGCCUCGACGCGUUGGCAUCCGACCCCAGCAUCGACGCGCAACACAAACCUCGGUCGACGACGACCCGACCCAAGUCGGCCGUGCACUUGAUGAAACACGCCAUCCAAGUCGCAGGGGCCAAACUGCGCCCCAAGACCGCCCGCAUGUCGUAUCUGAAAACCGCGACCGUAUACUGCGUCGACACGCCUGAAACCAACACAAUGGAAGAGUACGCCCGCAAGAUCCAGGCCGAGAAGGACCGCCGCAAGAACGUGGUGCAUCGCAAACAAGCCAUGCACCGCAUCGUUCGAUACAAUUCCAUCACGGAGCGGUCCGUCGAGUACAUUUUUCAUUGCUUGCGACACCAAGCAAUCGAGAACGUCCCGGUGCAUCUCCGACCAACGUACGAAUCGAUCGACGUGGACGAGUACAUGCGGCUCGUCCACUUGGACGAUGACGACCGUCCGUUCUUGAAUGCCCAGCCCAACGGCUACGACGCGGGAUGGGACCGCACGGCGUUGGGCGUGCUGUGGGUAAGAAGGUCGAGAGUGGGGGCGGCGCGCGUGGGGUGGUUUCAUCGGUCGAUCCAGGUCGACCGCGCCCAGUUUACCAAAGCCGUGCAGUGCUUGAAAAUGACGGCGACCGACGUGAAUGUGCUCUUCAACGUGUUGGACUUUGAUCUCGACCACAAGAUCGAGAUCGGCCAAGUGUGCCGGGAAAUCCGAACGCUGCAAAUGGCCAAGGUCAAAAAGCACGUCCCAGACCUCAUGCUUGGUGGCCACCGCACCAAACUCCGCGACACAUAGCGUUGCACGAGCAUGUCCACCCCACGAACACGAGAUCGUUGGCGCGAGCCGCCAGCCACGGCCUUCGUGUCCACCCC